UGAAACCCAGAGUGGGAUUAUCCAGUGGAGGAAAAGGACACAGACUUUUCCCCAAGCUGCUGCAGGGAUUCAUUUGCUGCACCUGUGUAUGGUUUUGGAUGUAAAGAAAAUGCUUUGAAACCAAUAUUGUAGUGGUGUGAAAAGAUGUGCUUGGAUCAAAAUUGAAGAGAAAACCGAAAGAGAGCUGUGCCAGAUCAGGAUGCCAGAGCAGAUGCAUUCCCAUUAAAGGAAUGUUGUGUCCUGGUGGGGUCGAUAGGAGCUGAGAAGCAGGCUGUCGUCUCCCUCUUCACGGCGAAUCUUUCCCCAACAAAGGUGGUCAGGGGUGGAAGACAGGAGGGGGGCAUCCAGAACAGAGGUUCUCCCUGUCUUCAGGCACCUGCUGCCGACACCGAGGACACUGAAUGACUGUCAGUGGAUGAGUGUGUGUAUGUGCAUCUAAAUCAAUGAAAGACGGCCAGACGGAGAGAGAAAUUCGGACUGGCCGAUGCUUCUCUGUUACUGUGGGAGACUGAGAGUUUCUCCUCUCAAAUCGUUUCAUCUAUUGAGGGGGAAGAAGGCAGGCAGGUCCAGAGGAACCAUUUGAGGGGAUAAUUUUUCAUGCUCCUGCUCUCCCCUGAGGGAUGGGCACCACUGAGGCAACUCUACGGAUGGAGAACAUGGAAGUAAAAGAUGAGUGGCAGGAUGAAGACUUCCCCAGACCUCUUCCAGAGUACGGUGACAUGGAUCCAAAUCGUGGUCUCACAGACAACAGAGCGUCUCCUCCUAACUCGCUGCACAUGAGUCCACCUGGAGGAGGAGGUGUCUCCUCACCUCACCGUAAACGGCGCACACUGGUUGCCCCGGAGAUGAACCUGUCAUUGGAUCAGAGCGAAGGUUCUCUGCUGUCAGAUGACUUCUUGGACACACCGGAUGACCUGGACAUCAACGUGGAUGACAUAGAUACACCGGAUGAAACUGACUCACUGGAGUUUAUCACUAAUGGGAAUGACCUGGAGUGGGAAGAUGACACACCGGUGGCCUCAGCCAAAGCAGGUCCUCGUGAUGGCACAGAAGAGGCGGGUGAGGAUGCAAAUGCCAACAAUGGGCGUCUGUGGAGGACGGUGCUCAUCGGGGAACAGGAGCAUCGUAUCGACAUGCAGAUCAUCAAACCGUACCUCCGAGUCAUCACGCACGGAGGUUACUAUGGAGAAGGCCUGAAUGCCAUCAUCGUGUUCUCUGCUUGCUACCUGCCUGACAGCAGCUGUCCAGACUACCACUACAUCAUGGAAAACCUCUUCCUGUACGUGGUCAGCAGCCUGGAGAUGCUUGUGGCUGAAGAUUACCUCAUCAUCUACAUGAACGGUGCCACUCCUCGUAGUAAGAUGCCAGGAAUCAGCUGGCUGAAGAAAUGUUACCAAAUGAUUGACAGAAGAUUGAGGAAGAACCUCAAGUCUCUGGUCAUCGCUCAUCCCACUUGGUUCAUACGAACGGUUCUGGCUAUAUCCAGACCUUUCAUCAGCGUGAAGUUCAUGAAUAAGAUCCAGUAUGUCCACAGUCUGGAUGAACUUGCGCAGAUUGUCCCCAUGGAGCACGUCCAUGUUCCUGACUCUGUGGUGCAAUUUGAUGAAGAGAGGCUUAAAGCUCGGAGGGAAAGGAUGGAGCAGGAGCAACGACAGCAGGGGCAGCAGUCAGUCCCACAGCAACCAAUUAAAAAGUCUGAAAGGCCAAAAUAUAUGAUUGUUGGAUUGUGAGAAGGACAGAACUGUGAAGGUGAAACAAACCUCUGUUGUGUUUCAGCCAGAGGAUGACUCUCUGUGCGGUUUAAUGCCUCGAUCACAUUACCUUCCAUGGAGCUGAUAUGUAGUUUAUGUUGAGGUGAUGGAUCACCCUGCAGGCUCCUUGCAGCAUAAUGGUGGAUUGAUUUUCUCAUGCUGUAAAUUCAGUUCAGGAGCUUGUUUCUGAUUUGAUGAUGAUGCACAAACCACCCAGAGCAACUGUGUACAAUUCAAAAUGCAAAGUGGUUCUUUUGCACAAAAAAAUUAAAUAAAAAUAUGGAUUAUAUGGAUAUGUUUAAGAAUGAGCACCAUCAGAAAAAAACGCUAUGCACACAGAUUUGUGUGGAUAAGCUGUCUCAGAUGUAGCUACUGUGUGCCAGAUGCCUUCAUCUCUGUUAUUUUACUUGAUGACUUCUGCAUCACUAGGCCUUUUAAACUGUACUAACAUGCAUUAAUGAGCUGCUUGUGUGUUCUUUCUGGUUUCAUUUGCUUGUGUUUUUUAUUCCACUGGUUCUUUAUUGAGCGCCUCAGCCCUGCUGAAAGCUGAUCCAGAUGAACAACAUAACAAAAACCAAUAUUAUCAAUGGCUUUCAUUGUUAGUUCAUACCAUGAGUAGACUGAAUCCAACAUUAAAUGCACAACUACUCUGCAAAUCACAUGUAUUAUACAAUGUAUAUUUAACAAUUAACCACCAAAGCUUCUACAUGGGAAAAAGUGGAACAAAGAAUUAUUAUAAUUAAAUAAGGACUGCUUUAUGAUCAUUUACAGCUUUCUGUCUAGGUCUACUUUAAAGAAGAAAAGUAUCCAGAAACAGGCUUUAUGCCAGACAACAACCUGAUCACAUUUCAGAUGAAUACAUGUAUGCACCUUGACUCUUAACCAUUUAUUCAGGACAUUUUAUUGAUUAAACACACUUUAUGGUCAUUUGAUCAGCAUAAAGACCCCUUCAUAAAUCACUAUUAUGUGUUCAACAUAAUGUAGCGAAAGGACAAAAAACUAAUAAUUAUUGCAUUAUACUUGUGUCCUGCUGAUAAUUAAUUUGCACCACAGGAUGUAGUACAUGAUAUUUUAGCAUGACUUGUUUCUGUUGGGAUCUGGAAAAAGUCAGGAAUGCAGCUUCAUUUCUGCGUCUGAAGUGCCGUCUGUUCUCUCAGUUUGUCUCAUUGCCUUUCUGUGGGAAGAAAGUUGUUCAAGUGUGUUCAUAGUGAUGUAAUCAAGUUUAGGCGAGAUCUGACAUUAGUGCACUUUGCUAAACUUUGAUGGAGCAACAUCAACUUUUGGUGUGUUUGGCUGGGUGCGUGUUGUUGAACCAAAGUAAAUUCUAAGUAGUGAACAAAUUAAAAGCUUCUUUUUUAUGUUUGUUUGACCUUUUUUUAAAUCCUUAAUCCAUAAGGAAACUAAUAGUUUUGACUGUAAAAGCACAACACGACAUUCAUGACAUCUGUCUGCUGUAAAAUGUUUGCUCAGAUUCAAAUGAUUACAUAUGCAUGAUCAUUACUCAUGGCCGCCAUGCUGUAAUAAAGUCCCUCUCCAGAAACUCUUCAA